AUGAAUGCGAUAAAAGUUGGAAGUAACCUACAACUUGCCAUAACACGUCAGAAGUCUGUCCAAAAAAAAGAGAUGAAAUCUGUGGCGUUUGUUGCCGUAUUUCUCGUAAUUCAAAGAGCCUCUGCCCUCAGAUGUUAUGACUGCAAGCCUGGCAACAACAGCGCUGCUGGUUCAGCAAUCAUCUGCAGCAAACCAGUUCAGACUGUGGAAUGCAGUUCAGACUUUGAUUCUUGUUCGAUCCUAAAAGUUACUAGUGAUGAAUUAGACAUGUAUUACCUCGAUUGCUUCUUGAAAUCGUUUUGCAGUGAAGCGCAAAAGAACCUCUGUGAAGUAAGCACUCAAGGUCUCCAUGGUGCUAGUUGUGAUAUGUCAUGCUGUGAAACUGAUUUGUGCAACAAACCCAAAGAAUCCUCGACCUCAGGUACAUUGAGCCGUGUUCCAGCGAGUGCCGCCAUAUUUGUGAUUCUGAGUGUAAUAGCAAUGGUACUCGUGGACAUGAUUUGAAACAUUUUGUUAAAUAUUAGCUCAAAGAAAAGAAUUACUAAAACUACUUGCUAGUGAUUGUCGAGUUCGGGUUAGUCAAAACUUAUCACAAUGAUUAAAGACGCUGCGACUUUCCUUAAGAUAAACUAUGUAAUCAUUAGUGAAAUGAUAGAUAUAGAUUCGAACUCCCUCAUUGAUUUAUGUCUCUAUUAAACCUCAGGCUUUUUAGAAGGA